AUGCAAAGACCAUUUACGUGUUCAAGUUUGCUUGCUGGUCCAUGUGGUACAUAUCCAGUAUGCUGUCUAUUCUCGAGACGUUGUGCCCAACAAAUGAAAAUAGAAUCACCUCCUGGUUCUUUUAUAGGUUCUGUAGUGCAAAAAAUGAAUUUCGUGCAACCAUUUUAUGAAGUGGUGGAUUCUAUGGGAAAAGCAAAAUAUUGCAUUUAUGGUUCUGUCUUUAAUUUCAGCUGCUUUUCUUGUUGCUGUUGUAAUGUACAAUAUGAGAUAACAACGAUUGAUAAGAAAAUUCUUAUCGGUAUUAUAAUCAAAGAAUGGCAAAGAAGUGCUGGUGAUCAUAAAGUCAAAGAAAGUUACAGUGUCUCUUGUGAGUAA